AUGGGAUUCUUCAAGCGAAUAUUUUCUCUGGGCAGUGGCCGCCGCAAGAAGGACAAGCAGAAGCAGUCUCGCGGCCCGCUCGUGACCGACGCCGAGGGCCGCCUCGUUCGCUCUGAGGACCAGCUGCCGGAUACCGAUGCUACUCGCCUCUUGCGCUCUGCAUCAGCACGCUGGGCGAGUACAGAUGCAAUCCAGUCACUUGCCCCGCCGUCCGUCAACCAUCUUUCUGUCCCAGCAUCGCCCGCACAAUCGCUGCAAACCAUUGCUAGUAGCCUCAAGCGCAGCAACACGUAUUCCGUGCAGGUUCAUGGUCGCACCUUGCACUCACGCACCGAGUUCCCCAACGCCAACCCUCGUAUUGCGGACCGCAAGGAGCCUUACACGCCACGACAAGCUCACGAAGGACAUGUAACCGACAAAGAAGACGCAGCACCUCCGCUGCCUGCCAUGAAGACAGUGACGUACACGCCCCGAGACGAGAACCGCCUGCGCGCGUUGCGCAGAGAUCCGUCCGUUCUCAGUUUGCUCAACAUGUAUGACAACCACGGACGGCUAGACGAACAUGCCUUUUCAAACAGCCCGCCGAACUCAGCGCCCAUCCACGAGGGUCGCGAGCAGACCAAACGCGGUGGAUCAACCUUGCGUCAGCUACUGGGUGACACGGAGAAACGGGGCGAUGCAACCGAAGCAGACAUUUCUUGGGCAGACCGCUUUCUGCAGUACGUUCGACACGUCUAG